AUGGCACGGCGCUUUCGAUGGAAGCUGACAUCCGAUGAGCACCGGUGCAUCUCGUUCUUCGAACGCCGAGUCAGACCGUCUAUUGUCGCGUAUCUCGACUGUCUGCUGUGGCAGCGACUUGUCCUCCAAAUCAGCCAGGUCGAUCCCGCUGCUUUCCAUGCGCUUGUUGCGUUCAGCGCGAUGUAUGCCGACUACGAAACUCGAGAGUCGAGGCCGUUUCGUCCCGAAAAGGAGGUUGAUAGUACCUGGAACGCGUUCGCUCUCGACACCAUCGUCUUCGCAGGUCCCAUCCGUCAUUCGGUCGACUUCUACGUCUCCAGCACCCUGUGCCAGCUCUCAAUCGGGGUGGAAGCGGGGAAAUUGACCGGCAUCACAAUUCCUGCGAAGGAAGCAACUGGCCCGUGGUGCUCGGCCCGCAGUCUGAGACGUUUCGCCGCCAGCGCGCGGGGGCACCCACCACCCACCACCGCUGACUGCCAGGACUCUCUCCCCAGCAUUCUUGCCGACAUGUUCGACAUCGAGGAACGCGGGGCUGCCGUCGCCCCCGCCGUCACAAUCAGGACCUAUACGAACCUGCUUGUCCAUACUUUUGUCACCAGCUCUCUCGUCUCCCGCUGCGCCAUCUGGUCCAACGCCAUUGCCAUGGACACAAUCUCCCUAUUGUCGAGACCUCCUACAAAGCCCUUAGCGAAAGCCCUUCCUUCCGACCACGCCAGUUACACGCGACACAAUGCUCCAGUACCUCUUCCGCCCGCCCCAAUUACUCUUCUCGCGCCUGUUAUCCUCGUCACCUCUCACGACAUGACUCUCACUUACGGAUUCGAUGAAAGGCCCGGCGGCAUCACUCCUCGGUCAAGCAGAAUCGAUCUAAUGAGCUCCAGUCCAAUCUGCGCUCGUUACGUCAAACACCCCCGCUCCAUUGAAGUCAUAUCUAAACCCGACACCGUCUCCCACUGAUGAUCUUCGGCACCGCCAUGCUCCCCGGUGGGCCUCUCCCAAUACAGCCAGUCGCCGAUGAACACAUCCCCUCGAUCAUGCCCCUCAUUGGCACCGGAAUUGUGGACCUCAGCAUACUUCUCACCGUGCUUCCUACAGAGAACUGCCUGAUCGAUAAUUUCGCAGACCAGGGGACCGCCGCGUCCACUUUCUCCGCCAAUGAAACCCUGUCUGGCGCGCCGUUCCCGCGGGCGGGGUCGCUGGAUGACAUU